AUGACUACAGCAUUAAUACCAGACAAAAAACGACCACCUGGCACCCGAGAAACGGAUCAUAUGUUAGCAGAGGGAGAUGUCACGAGCUUUGACUAUGCUUUUCAGCAGAAAGUUUAUAUCCCACAAGUUACUUUAAGGGGUACGUUAGCUGGCUUGCUAAUUGGAUCAGUGGUCUUGAUAUCGAAUUUUCAAUUCGGCCUCCAAACAGGCUGGGUAUCGAUGAUGUCUUUACCAUCGGCUCUUUUAGGAUUUGCCAUAUUCAAGUAUAGUUCUUUUGGUAAGGAUUUCACCGAUGUUGAAAAUGUAUACGUUCAAAGUAUUGCAGUCGCCGUUGGCACUGGUCCCCUUGCAUACGGUUUAAUUGGAAUUGUGCCUGCAAUCGAAAAGUUUUUGACUAAGGAUGAGAGUGGGUUACACGAGAAGAUAAAAUUCAGUCUCAGUGAGUUGAUCAUCUGGUCUUUUGGCUUAGCCUUCUUUGGUGUUUUCUUUGCAGUUCCCUUGAGAGAACAGGUGAUUGUUAGAGAGAAAUUGCCUUUUCCAUCUGGAAGUGCAACGGCCACUUUAAUAUCAGUGUUGUAUGGCACUGAAAACAGGCUUGAAGAAGGUGAACUUGAAGCUGAAAAUUUUGUAAACAGAAAGAUCCGUUCAAGGGACGCUGAGAUGAGCGAAUCAACUUCACCAGUUCGUGAUCAGGAGGAAGUUGAAAACCAGAAGAAAUUUAUCUCAAAUCUAAAGACAAUGAAAAUUACAUUCAUGGUGUCAGCAGCAUAUACUGUGAUAUCAUAUUUUGUUCCCAUCUUAAAGGCUCUUCCCAUAUUCGGUUCAAACUUAUCAAAUAAUUACAAAUGGAAUUUCCAACCGUCUCCCGCAUAUAUUGGACAAGGUAUAAUAAUGGGAUUGCCGACUGUUUCCUAUAUGCUUUUCGGCGCUAUCUUAGGCUGGGCUGUAUUGGCUCCUCUCGCAAAGUAUAAAGGUUGGGCUCCGGGUGAUAUAGAUGAUUGGGUUGAUGGCGGCCAGGGCUGGAUAUUGUGGUUGAGUUUGAGUGUUAUGAUAAGUGAUUCUUUAGUCUCUUUUGCUGUAGUAUCAUUCAAAUCAUUUAAAAGCGUCAUUACAUCAUUAAAGCAACGCCAUCAGAUUCGUAUAGUUACACAGUCAUCAAAUCGCAUUAUGAAUCAAGAUGAGAAUCUAGAGGAAGAGCAAGAAGUAAGAAAUGAUCAAAAACAAGAGUUCAAGGAUGUCCCUGCUAGCCAAUUAGUCGGUUUAAAAACGACAGUCAUAGGCCUUAUAUUAUCUUCGGCGAUUUGUGUCUUUACUAUUAAAGGGGUGUUUGGUUCCAUAGUUCCUGUUUACGCCACUAUUAUUGCUAUAUUUUUAGCUCUACUUUUCUCAAUACUUGGAGUGAGAGCGCUUGGAGAAACUGACUUGAACCCAGUGAGCGGAAUUGGAAAGCUUUCUCAGUUGAUUUUUGCUGCUGUAAUUCCCUCAAACCAUCCUUCAAAAAUCUUGAUUAAUGUAAUCGCUGGGGGUAUAGCAGAAGCAGGAGCUCAGCAAGCAGGAGAUUUGAUGCAAGACUUGAAAACUGGACAUUUACUCGGUGCUUCUCCAAAGGCACUUUUCACUGGUCAACUCAUUGGAACAUUGUAUUCAGUUGUACUAAGUUCAGUGAUGUACAAGAUUUAUAACAUGGUUUAUGAAAUCCCAUCGGAUAGCUUUAGAAUACCUACCGCAAUUAUAUGGAUCGAUUGUUCUAGACUAGUGACUGGUGAGGGGCUACCUCCAAAGUCUUUUGAAUUUUCAGUUUUGUUUGGUAUUAUAUUUGGUUCAAUUUCAUUAAUUAAAAAUGUUGUACCGAGAUCACAUAUUUAUUACAAAUAUUUAGUUUAUCUUCCCAAUGGUGUUGCUGUUGGAAUUGGUAUCUACAACUCCCCUAAUUUUACAUUAGCAAGAUUCCUCGGAGGGUUAAUCGCAUUCUGGUUCCUCAAUUAUGGGAUCAAGAGUGGAAAGGAUAAUAAAAUAGGUAUGGUUAUAUUCAGUAGUGGGUUGGUUUUGGGCGAGGGUCUCCUCAGCGGAUUCACUAUGCUUUUGACCAGUUUGGGCGUGAAGCACUUUUAG